AUCCAAGUAUCCAGUAUCCACACAAACAUUGUAAAAAUAAGCUUAGCUGUCUUCAGCACUACAGUUUUUCCAACCAAACGACUUGCAAGUUGCAAUUAUGUGACAACCAGCAAUGAGCAAACGGCAACAGUUUUCACCGCCGGCGGCCAAUGACCCCGCUUCCACAGCCACCGCCGACGAAAGAAAGAAAAGCCGGAGAACUCAAACUACAGCACUGUCCCUUGACCACGACAUCCUGUGUAUGAUCUUCGCUUUCCUCGACAUGUUCGACCUCGUUCGCUGCACUCUCGUUUGCAAAACAUGGUUAUUCUCUUCCUCGUCGCUGCGAGAGUUUCAUCGCAGGAAGCUGAUGGGUUCUUCUGAAUUCCCGAAAAAGCCCCUGAGGGUAAUUUUUGCAGAAAUGGCUAUGGAACAGCAUAGGUUGGCGCUUCAAGAUGGUUCCUUUCAUGUUGAUCAGUGGAAGGGUCAUUCAACCACGGCUGCUCAGUGCCGAAUGAAAAUGGGCACAGUUGCUACUGGUGUGGGUGAUAAGGUUAUUCGUCUCUGGUCAGUAAACAGCUAUAGAUGCAUAGAAGAGUACUCAGUACCAGCUAUGCUUCCUCUGGUUGACUUUGAUUUUGACGAGAGCAAGAUUGUUGGUCUAAUUGGUAGUCGUUUAUGCAUUUGGAGACGGAAUGGGAAAAGAAGCAUAUUUUCUUCCCCUGAAGGUGCAGUUGUAAAAGGGUCAUGCAUGCGCUAUUUUGAUCCAGAAGCUAUGGUUGGAUAUGAUGAUGGGGCCAUUCGUGUUUUUGACAUGUACAGUAGGAGCUGUUCUCAAAUAAUAAGGAUGCAUUCGGCACCUGUAACUUGUUUAUGUGUGAGUGAAGAUCAACUUAUAUUGAGUGGCUCCACUUCGGGGAGUAUUACAAUUUCAGAUCCUUACUCUGUCCAGCAAGUGACAACACUUAGAUCAAGUGAUGGCAGAGGUAUAAGGACCUUGUGUUUAAAUCCCUCCUCUCAGCUACUGUUUGCAGGAUCAGCUGUUGGAUAUACUUAUUGUUGGGACCUUAGGACAAGGAAACAGUUGUGGGGCAAACGAGUGAGUCCGAAUGUAAUAUACUCUGUGCAACAUAUGCGUGGUGACAGAUCAACACUAGCUGUUGGCGGAAUAGACGGUAUCUUAAGAUUUGUGAAUCAAAAUGAUGGUACCAUUGUUUCAAGUUGUAUCAUGGAGGAUAAAUUGAUAUCAAGUCCUUCAGGAUCCUUUCAGAGAAGGAAAGGAAGAAGGUUGCCAGAUAACUACCUAAAUAUUGAUAUCAUUCCUACGAGUGCUAGACCUUCUAUCACAUGCCUAGCUGUCGGAAUGAAGAAAGUUGUUACCACACACAAUUCUAGUGAUAUUAGAUUGUGGAAAUUUACCUGAAAAGCUGUACUUCAUAUUUUGCAUAGUCAAAAUUUUAUGUUAUUGGUUUGUG